AUGACGCCCGCACCCGCCGGCAAAGCGUGGGCCUCCCCCGAAGACUGGGAGGCCAACAAGGAGACGAUUUCGCGGCUCUGGUGGGACGAUGACCACUCGCUCAAGGAGGUCCAGGACAUCAUGAGCCAGGAGCAUGACUUCCACGCCACGGACAAGAUGUACAAGAGCCGCCUCAAAUCCUGGGGCCUCGUCAAGAACCUCAAAUCUAGUGACGCCAAGCAGAUCAUGGGCCUGGCCCAGUCGGGCGUCGUCAAGCAGCCGCUCGUCAUCCGGGGUCGCAGCAUGGGCUCCAAGAAAUGGCAGAAGCGGCUCAACAGGGUUGCGUCCCGGCCCGAGACUACCACCAAAGUCCUCGUGUCCACUCGGAACGGGGCCAUCUUGUCGCCGCCGGUGACGGUGGCGUCCCCGGUGUCAGCGCUGUCGCCUCUGUCGGGUCGUGUGGAGCCUCCAGAUACGCUUCGGAUAACAGAGGCUGGCCUGAUGGCUGUCCACGACUUUGCAGUUCACCAGUUCGAGGAGACAAAAUGGGAUCUUUCGGGUCUAACUUUCGAUUUUGACGCUGAUAAGACAGACAGCUGGUACAACGGAUUGUCCCUUGCUACGAGGAAUCUACUGAAAGAUCGUAACUCGCCUACCAACUUUGCCAUGGUGCAUAAGUCUUUCGAUCAAUACUCGGCGGUUUUGGAUCAAGCAACUCCGUCACUCAUCCCGCUGACACUAGGUCACAUUGUGGGCCUCAUGGAGGUUGGACCGGAGAUGGCCGCCACGCUCUUGCGCUAUGUUGCUCGCCUGGUCGCCAUCAAGUUUGGAGAGUCACAUCCACUGAGUCGGUUCUGGGCCCAGAUGCAAACCCUAGGGCCGGUACAAAUACAGCAAGUGAUCGGGGCUGUACUAGGAGCCUACUUUCAUGUGAUUGUGAAUCAUAGCCACCCGGCCAAUCGUUGGCGCACGGCUAUGUAUCCCACGUAUGCCAAGUUGCAGCAGAAAUGGGGCGCUAUAUCAGAACAGUCUGCCGUGACGAUAUUUGAAAGGACGAUUCGGGAGAUCGAAAACUCGAUAGCUGGAAAACGUGGCAAAACGACAAAGGCGGCUGACCAUGACGAAAUCAUUCGACAUCUAUACGAAGUCAAGAUCUACUUCGCAAUAUAUUUGGUAGAACGCAAGAGGUUUCCCGAAGCAUACCAAGUCACCGAAGAGAUUGGCAGCUGGCUAGAGCGCGGCGGUGCAACCCAGUUCCCGGAGCAAUACGAACAGUGGCUGCUUGUCAGGGGCAGUACAUUAGUUGGCCUUGGGAAACUAGAGGAGGCGACACCUUAUUACCUCGAAACGUACCAAGCACGACGAAAGAGGCUAGGGGUGGAGAAUUCGCGAACGACGAGAGCGAUGUUGCAGCUCGAGGAACAUUACAGCCGGCUAGGCCAACCUCUAGCCGCAGAAAAAAUGCACUCGGAGCUCGAGCAGUCAUGGAUUAAGAAGUCGUAG